AAUUUAAUAAAGAAUCUAUCGAAUGGUCCAAUAAAAUAUUUCAAGAGUUAGAAGAAUAUUGGAAAUCUCUAGCAAAUAAUAUUAACUUAUCCAAUAAUAAUUUACAUAAAAAGAAUGAAUGGUUAUUUGAAACUGAUUUAACAACAUGGCUUUACAGAUUUACGAUUGAUAUGAUUGUUGUUUUAUCCACUGGAGAACGUUCAUAUUCAAUGGCUUCGCAUUAUAAUACAUUAAGUCCUAUAAAAGUAACAUGCACUGGUACAGUAAUUGAAGAUUCAGAAAGAUUUCUUCAAGCACUUAAAAAACGUUCUUUAGGUACUGGAUUUUUCGUAUAUCUUGGCUCAUUUUUACGUAAUCACGCACCAAUUAUUAAAGAUAAAGCUAAAGAAGUAGUGGAAAGUCAAAAUUACAUGUUUAAUAAAUUAAAAAAAAGAAGACAAGAGAUUAAAGAUACUACGUUAGGGGUAGAAUUAAGGCAUUAUAUUCUAACGUCAUUAAUUACGGCCAAUAUAAAACGAAGUAUUAAUAGGAUAAAGUCUGUUAAAGAUGAAUUAAAUAGACCGAUGACUGAUAAAGAAAUUGGGAGUGUAUUGUUUGAUAUUUUCCGAGGUGAAAUAGACACU